UUUUUCCUCUCUUUCCAGUCGUUGCUCCGUCAUUCCAAGAAUGCUGCUAGGGUGGCCUUUUUGGACCCUCAACUUGCCUGAUCUGGGUGAAACAAAAAGUUCCUCUAAGCCAAUGAGACCAUUACCCUGUGCAUUUUGAAAUCAGAUGCGAGUAGUUAGUGGCUGUCUCUGAGUUAAUCUGGCUUUGGAGACUGCUGAGGAGCACGCGCAUUCACAUCACUGCAGCAUCACCACACUAACACCCAUGGAAGAGCCACAAGACUUGCCCGAGCAGCCAGUGAAAAAAGCCAAGAUGCAGGAAUCCAGAGAACAAAGCUUAAGCCACGUGAGCAGCACAGAGGUCAGCGAUCAGAAACCCGAAUCUUCAAGCCUCGCUCCAAACCUUCCCAUGUCGAGUGAGAUUAUGACAUGCACUGAUUAUAUUCCAAGGUCAUCAAAUGAUUAUACCUCACAAAUGUAUUCUGCAAAGCCAUAUACACAUAUCCUUUCUGUACCUGUGUCGGAAACGAUGAGCCCCUAUCCCGGUCAGACGCAGUACCAAACGCUACAGCAGUCCCAACCUUACACCAUCUACCCUCAAACCACCCAGACCUACGGACUACCUCCUUUCGGUGCACUGUGGCCAGGUAUGAAACCUGAAAGUGGUUUAAUUCAGCCUCCAUCUACAAGUCAGCACAGUGUGCUUACCUGCACUACAGGGUUAACCACAAGCCAACCCAGCCCAGCACAUUAUUCUUAUCCCAUUGAAGCAUCGACUACCAACGCCAGUCCAGCCUCCACAGCCUCCACUGUUGUCAACAUUUCCACGUCAGCAGUAGCCAGCAUCUCACAGGAGUAUCCCACGUACACAAUCCUCGGCCAAAGCCAGUACCAGCCCUGUUACCCAAGCUCUGCCUUCGGGGUCGUAGCACCAGCAGACAGCAACACAGACAGUGCUGCACUAGCAACAACUACGUAUGCAGCGGAGAAGCCGAACGCCGCGGUGCCCACGCGGACGGCGCAGAGACAUUCCUCAGGAGAUGCMUCCACAAGUCCCUCCUUGUCAAAAGCAACGGCAAGUAAAGAUUUAGAUGAGCAGACAAGAAAAAACAUCCCUGGGAAGAACAGGGGGAAGAGGAAAGCGGACACGUCCUCCUCACAGGACAGUGAACUGGAGCGAGUGUUUCURUGGGAUUUGGAUGAGACCAUAAUAAUCUUCCAUUCACUUCUCACUGGGUCAUAUGCUCAGAAAUAUGGCAAGGAUCCAACUCUAGUGAUUGGCUCAGGCCUAUCCAUGGAGGAGAUGAUUUUUGAAGUAGCUGAUACUCACCUGUUUUUCAAUGACUUGGAGGAGUGUGACCAGGUACACAUAGAUGAUGUGACAUCUGAUGACAAUGGCCAGGAUUUAAGCAACUACAAUUUCUCCACGGACGGCUUCAGCGGCUCCGGAAAUAAUGCGAAUCACAGCUCAUCGRCAGGGGUCCAGGGCGGCGUGGACUGGAUGAGGAAACUGGCGUUCCGCUACCGCAGGGUACGGGAGAUCUAUGACAAAUAUAAAAGUAAUGUUGGAGGCCUCCUUAGCCCGCAGAAGAGGGAAGCCCUCCAGCGACUAAGAACGGAUAUAGAAGUGCUAACGGAUUCCUGGCUAGAAACUGCAUUAAAGUCCCUGCUCCUUAUACAGUCCAGAAAAAACUGUGUGAACAUCCUGAUCACAACCACCCAGCUAGUGCCAGCUCUUGCCAAAGUUCUCCUCUAUGGAUUGGGCGAAGUGUUCCCUAUUGAGAAUAUUUAUAGUGCUACGAAAAUAGGUAAGGAGAGCUGCUUUGAGAGGAUCGUGUCACGCUUUGGAAAGAAGGUCACCUACGUGGUAAUUGGAGACGGCCGCGAUGAAGAGGUUGCAGCUAAGCAGCACAACAUGCCUUUCUGGAGGAUCACCAGUCACGCCGACCUUGUGUCCCUGCACCAAGCCCUCGAGUUAGACUUCCUGUAAGAGGCGGGAGUGUCGGCGUGAGCGCAGCUGCCGCCACCCUCUGCAGCGCCAAAGAGGCACCGAUCCCACCCGUGCCGGGACUCCUUUUCCAGCGUGGUGAGGAACAUGCAGCUGAUGCGAACUGUCCAGGUGGCAGCAGGCGCCGUCCUCAGGAGCAGCGGCCGGUCACGGUGCCGUGUCACGRGGCGCCGGGCUCGUGCCUUGUGUGAGGAAGAGGCUCGCGGAAGCCGCCAAGCUCUUCUGCCCCGAGGGGUGACACUAGUGGCAGUUUUUGUAAGAGCCUUCUCCUUUCUAAUCAACUUAGUUAUAGAACCCGAGUAAAUAAAAAACCUUAUUUUUAUAGAAAAAAAAUUACUAUUGGCAGAGCUGAACCUCCCUUGUUUCAUGAAGCCAAAAAAGAGCUAUUGUGGUUUUAUUUCUGUGUUUUUUUCCAUGGGAAGUACUAAUGAAAAUGUCAAAAAUACCUCUGUUGCUGUGAAAUGUGUCCUCUCUCCUUCCCCAAGUGUUCAAAACAGUUAACUUAUUAUGAUUUCCUUACACAGUUUCCACAGCAUGGGAUUCCUGGAAAAUAGAGAAGGGAAUGUUUCUGGAAUAUGUAGUUCUUUGUAGAGGCAAGUCCUGGGGUUUCUGGUUAUCUCAUGGGUUUCUGGUCCAUAUGUCACACUGCACAUGGCCCCAAGCGCUGUCUACAAGCUGGAGAUCAUGGAAUUCCACCUCUCUGUGACCUGACCACAACUGUAGAUGCUGCAGAUUUUCCCUACAAGGGGAAAGGAAAAGGGCCUAUGAACAUGACUGGCAGUAGAGCACCGUGGGCAGCAGUGCUGGCGUGAACGGUUGGCCCUGGAAUCAUUCAAGGGACUACGCAAGCUCACAGAUAUUGUGAAGAAAGGCAUGGCACUUCA